GGCUGGAUUCAGCUGGGAACUACGCAGGGGUCCUUACCCUUUUAAUUCCCACCCAUAGGUCAGUGGCCCAAUUGUGUUUAACCCCUUGAAUUCCUCAGUUACUUCAGUUCAAAAUGCAGAAAAUGAAAUAAAAUGCUGAGAUGGAAAAAGGCACCGAGAGACCAAGAGAAAAUAAAUAAAGAGGAAGAAAACAAUCCAGAUGGUCAGAAAUCUUUUUUUGGAUGGCGGAAAGAUAAAAAGAAGAAAAAAACUAAUAUUAUUGAGAUGCCGCCAUUGCUUACACAAGACCAUCCUGCUAAAAUGAAGAGACUGAAAAAUGGAACAAGUGACCAAAACGAAAUAUAUAAAGAGGAGGAAAACGAUUCAGAUGAUAAAAAUGAACAGAACAGGAAUAUAAAUGAAAAAGAUAAAAAGAAAGGGAUGAAAUUUGACAAAUACAUGUGGUGGAAAGGUAACAUACAACAAGAUUACCAGAAUUCCCAUUAUCACUAUUAUAUCGUUUUUCUUUUCUUUUUUACAUCAGGAAAGAAGAAAUCAGACAGAAAUGAGACGCCAUCAUUGCUUACAACAGACCAUCCUGGAAAGAAGAAAUCACACAGUAAUGAGACUCCACCAGACCAUUCUGUUGUUGAGGAACAUGAUGAGCCCAUUGAGGAGAAGAAAACUCUUUUGAAGGAAACCAAAGAGCUGAUGGCACUGGAACUGAACAUCUACAUUGGUGGUUCCAUAGACAAUGACAUGACAAAUGAGAUCGAGUCACUUUACAAGGACUUGGAGGAAAGAGUUUACAAGGACUUGGAGGAAAGAGUUUCCAGAGUGAUCAUAGAUUCCAUUUCUAAAAUGGAUGAAGUUCAACUUAAGGAUGCUAUACAAGCUAUACUAGAGCAAGAUAGAGUCCGGAGACCAUCACAGCAGUCAUGGAAAACCAAAUGGAUAGAGUGGGUUGCCUUGUCUGUUACUAAAGGCAUGAAUAGACUGCCAGGAUCCAGAUUGGCCCAAGUAUUAGGAACUAUAGGAAAGGCUAUGAAGAAGGAUCUAAUCCAUGUCAUAGAAAAUCUGGAACCUCUUUACCCAAGAGAAUUUGACGUAUGUAAUACGUAUGCUCAACAGUAUCUCCGUGUUCUUCAGUAUGAAAUUAAUCUGGUUACAGACUAUGAAUUAAGCGAAAUCCACCUUCUGCUGGUCUGGACAAAAACAUUAUAUCCCAGAAUCCUGGGAGACCCAGCUCUGGCUGAUCACAUCAAUAUGGCCCAAAUGGGAGAACUUCUACCUCCAGAAAAGAUUAGCCAUCUGGAAAACAUGUAUAUACAUCAGCUAAAGGAAAACCUGAAAGAAUUGAUGACCAAUGCAUUGGAAACGAGAAACUGGAAAAGGGAACGUCAACCAGUGAUGACAGACUUGACUCUCUACUCUGAAUUAUAUAUAGACAUUAUUCAGAUAUGUGAGAGCGGAAUCAAGCCAGCUUGGGAAAUAUCUGAAGAUUUAGUAAACAAGGUGACGCCCAUCAUGGUAAAUGAAUUCCUAGAAUUUCUUCACAGAUAUGAGAAUUUUUUUACGAUCUUUGUAAAGAAUAGGACAAGGAAUAUUUUCAAAGAGAUCGUCACUGUGAACAUGUACUGCUGCUAUCAGUUCAGAGUUUUUACUGAAGUUACAAGAACUGAUGAAGAUACAAAGCAGCAAAUCAAUUCUGUCCUUACAAAGAUCAAAAAAGAAGGCUACAGCAUCCUCCUGCAGGAUUUAUUUCAAGGCAUAAAAUCUGAUUUUAGACGGAUCAGCCAGACAAGGGGACUGAACAGUGAAAAUAUAAUGUCGCAAAUUAUUACCACCGCCAUGACAUAUAUGUCCAACAUAACUACAUUGGAAGCUUCAUGUCGCCAGGUUAUGGCUGGUGAGGUUCACAAGCACCUAGUCAAGGAAUAUCUAACAAAAAUUAUAGAUAUCAGGCAUCACAAUAGAGAGCAGCAGAAGGAUCUGGCUGAUGAAAUGCACAAUACUGCAAAUCUCUUAACCACGUUCUGUACUGAUCAGCUAAAUGAUGCACAAGUACCAGAAGCCGAGUGGAUGAAUAAUGCGAUCCACAGGAUUGCUGAGAUCAUACGACUUCAAGAUGUGGAAGCAAUUAAGCUGGAAGUAGGGAUGCUGGCUAAUGAAUACCCGGAUAUCAGCCAGAGACACGUGAUCGCCUUUUUAUACAUCAAAGGGAACCUGAACAUCUCCGCGCUGAACUCGAUCGUGAACGCAUUGGAGAACAGCAUCAGACGAGAUGAUCCAGAAAGACGACUGUUCACAUUUAUCCCAAGUUAUUCCUCUAACAGCGCAGUUUGUGUACAAAUGAGGAAAACACCAGCACAGAUCACAGAGUGUUGUCGUUGUUCUUGUUGUUCCUGAUGUAACUCCAGUCUCAGGCUAUGUUCCCACUCAGUAUUCUGGAGCUCAUUUUGAGUCAUAACUUGUCAAUAAAUCAUUAAAAAAUGUCAUAAUGUCAAUAAUGAGGAUUGCACCUAACUAUUUGUAUUCUUAGUAAUGAAGCAUUUCCUGGUUUUAUUACCCUUAGUGGAGGUGUUCCCCAGGGGCACGGAUCUUAUUUGGUGCUUCCCACAUUCUGGCCCACUGAGGAGGCAUUCGGGGAGUUGUUGAAGGGGCUAAGAGUUG